AUGGGACAGUUGAAAUACUUUCUUGGAUUGGAAGUAGCGAGGUCCAAGCACGUCAUUGCAUUAAGUCAAAGAAAGUAUGCAUUGGAAAUACUUGAAGACACAGGAUUCCUUGGUGCAAAGCCUUCACGUUUUCCAGUUGAGCAAAAUAUAACCCUCACACAAGAAGAUGGAAGAUUGUUAGAAGAUGCAUCUCAAUAUCGAAGGCUUGUUGGACGCCUCAUUUAUCUUACAAUCACAAGGCCGGACCUUGUGUAUGCAGUCCAUAUACUCAGUCAGUUCAUGGAUAAACCAAGACAACCUCACUUAGAUGCAGCCCACAAGGUGUUGAGAUAUCUCAAACAGACACCAGGUCAGGGUAUUUUUCUACCUUCAAAAGGACCAUUAGAAUUAAGAGCAUAUUGUGAUGCAGAUUGGGCGCGCUGCAAAGACACUAGAAGGUCAACAACAGGUUACUGCAUCUUCCUCGGACACGCUCCCAUUUCAUGGAAAACGAAGAAGCAGAGUACGGUCUCACGUUCGAGUGCAGAAGCCGAGUAUCGCUCUAUGGCCACUACUUCUUGUGAGAUAACAUGGUUACAAUACAUUUUAAAAGACUUGAAUGUUAAACAUUCACAACCAGUCAAGUUGUUCUGCGAUAACAAAGCCACAAUACACAUAGCGUCUAAUCCUGUGUUCCAUGAAAGAACCAAGCAUAUAGAAAUAGACUGCCAUGUUGUAAGAGAGAAAGUGCAAAGAGGAUUGAUUCAAACAGAGCAUAUAAGAACCAAGGAGCAACCAACAGACAUUUUCACAAAGCCCCUGAGUUCAAAUCAGUUUUCAUUGUUGCUGGACAAGUUAGGAGUGAUCAAUAUCCACUCUAACUUGAGGGGGAGUAUUGAAGGAAAGAAUCUCGACUGA